ACACUGGGUAGGGUUAGCUUGUCCCGUACGCUGAUGGGAUCUUUAUGUAAGAGGCUGUUGUCGAUUGAUGCUGUCUUUGGAGGCGUAAGAAAUUUAGGUUUUGGGAAAGAAGAACUCUUAAGGUCAAAGUUCAAGGUCAAGACAGCAGCUGAACUGAAAUUUUGGAAUGCUGAAAGAUGCAGUGCAUCAGUAUUGCCAGUAAAAGUCAUCAUAUUUACUUUAAAUGUGAACUAACAAGACAGUUCAGGAGUCAUAUGAAAUUUCAAUAUAGAAACCUAUUAACUUCAAGCAGACUUGAGAACCAACAGUUAACAGCUGAUAAACUGCCUCAUCAGCCAGAAAAUAUUGUUCAUAAUAAUCUUACACUUCCUGUGAAAUUUAAGUCAACAGAUCCACAAAAAGCAGAAGAUAUUGCCGUUAAAUUAAAUUUACGUACCACAUACAGACAUGAUACUUCACCAAGUGAUCCCGUAGUCUUAGCGUUACAUGGUAUGCCAGGAGACGGUGGUGACUUUCACAACCUGUCAUUACAGUUAGCUAAACAUGGCAUGAAAUGUAUUGCACCAGAUUUUCCAGGUUGUGGUGAAAGUAGACUACCAGCAAAUGAAGUGUAUAGUAUUGAUUAUAGUCCGACAGGAAAAGCAGACAUGUUAAAUAGGAUUUUAGAUGAAUUAAAGCUUGAAAGAGUGGACAUUCUUAUCUCUCACAGUGCUGGAUCUUUUCUUGGAUUUAGAGCAGCAGCUGAAAAUGAUAGAAUUAAAUCUGCAGUAUUCUUGAAUUUUUUAGGAGGUAAACCACACAGAUAUGCCAGACCUCACAAUCUUAUACUGUUCCUUUCAAAGUUUCUGAAGAAUCCUAGGAUACAGCCAUUUUAUACUCCUCUGUUGCCAAAGUUUUAUGAAUUAAUUGGUUUUGCCAGGUAUGAUGUGCAACCAUUACAAGUUGCUGUUGAAAAUGUUGCUACAGCUGAGUUUGAGAAGAUACUAGAUCAUAUGGAAACAAUUAAAAACAAGAAAAAGCCAGCUAUGUUUUGCUUUGCGACAACAGAUAAAUUAGUUGAACUUGACAUUCCAUACAACAUUCUAAAUCAUGUUGGCAUAAAGGAUUCUGACAUCAUAAAGCUAUGCCGAGAAAACAAUAUUAAAGAACCACCCAGGGAAAUAGCUGAAGAAAUUAACAAAUCAUUGACAGAGUGGUACUACAAAGCUGUACAAUUUGAUAGAGGUGGACAUUUGUUACAAAAGACACAGAUUCCAGAAUUGACAAAACAUAUAACAGAUUUAAUCAAAUAUGUGCCUAGAUAAUGUUUGUAAAAUAAAUACAUAUCUUUAGUACAUAACUUAUAGAAAUUAAUUUGAAUUCUUAAAAUC